GAAAUCAUUCUCUCUCUCUCUCUCUCUCUCUCUCUCUCUCUCUCUCUCUCUCUCUCUCUCUCUCUCUCUCUCUCUCUCUCUCUCUUCAAUUGGUGGCUUAAAUUUGUAACUGGGUUCCUCGUGGUGCAAUCGGAGUAAUAAUAUACAAAUAAUAAAGAAUGACAAGACAAAAAAUAGAGAUUAAGAAGAUAGAAAAUAUAACGGCAAGACAAGUGACAUUUUCGAAGAGAAGAAGAGGGCUUUUUAAGAAGGCUUUAGAGCUUUCAACUCUUUGUGAUGCUGAAAUUGCUCUCAUUGUCUUUUCAACCACUGGAAAACUCUAUCAUUAUGCAACUUCAAGUAUGCCGCAAGUGAUUGAAAGGCAUAAAUCUCACUCAGAUGAAAAUCGUCUUCACAAUAAAUUGAGCCAACCAUCUGAUAUGCUUGAGAACGAAAGAAAACGAUAUGCAUUACUGAAGAAAGAGCUUGAAAAAAAGACAAUGGAACUUAGACAUGUUAUGGGAGAAAACCUUCAAGAACUAAGUCUUGAAGAAUUAAAGAAACUAGAAAAAUCAGUUCAUAUUAGCUUAAGCCGUGUUAAUGAAAUAAAGGAUCAAACCAAUUUAAAAGAGAUCACAUUUCUAUUAGAAUAUUUUAUAUAUGGAAGUUAUUUUCUAAUUAAGGAAAUGAUUUUCUAUUUAAGGAAAUAAAUAAAUAAUUGAUUU